AUGGUGGAGGAGGUAGAGAAGUCUGAGGAUCAAAGGACAAAGGAUGCCAAUAAACACAAAGGUGUUCGAUCGGACGGAGAAGACGAUGAACGGCCGAAAGAAGGCGGAGAGAAUGUCGGUGACGGAGAUACGUUUCCGAGACCAGCUAAGGAUAUAAAACGGCAUCCGCUUGAGCAUUCAUGGACGUUCUGGUUCGAUAAUCCAUCUGCUAAGUCUAAACAGGUCACUUGGGGUAGUUGGAUCCGUCUUAUCUACACUUUCUCCAUCGUUGAAGAAUUCUGGAGCCUUUACAACAAUUUACAUCGACCGAGCAGGCUGACGGCAGGAGCAGCCCUCCAUUGUUUCAAAAACAGAAUUGAGCCCAAGUGGGAGGACCCUGUUUGUGCUCCUGGUGGAAAGUGGACUACGACCUUUCCUAAGUCAAAAUCUGACACAUAUUGGCUCUACACGCUGCUAGCAAUGAUUGGAGAACAGUUUGAUUUUGAGGAUGAGAUAUGUGGGGCGGUCGUAAAUGUCAGAUUAAGGCAGGAAAAAAUAGCUCUCUGGACCAAAACUGCUGCCAAUGAGGCUGCCCAGAUGAGCAUUGGGAAACAAUGGAAGGAAUUUCUUGAUUACAAUGACGUAAUAGGAUUCAUAUUCCACGAGGAUGCGAAGAAACUCGACAGAGGUGCCAAAAAUAAAUACUCGACGUGA